AUGGUUAUGCAAUCGGAAUCAAAUACAAUUUCUCCAGUCGAGGAAACUAUGGAAAAGAAACUGGAUAAAACUGAACAACUUAGAAUUGUCACCAUAGAUGAAGCUUUAGAAAAGACCCAUUAUGGAAGAUAUAAUAUACAACUUAUAGUAUUUUCGGGUCUGGUAUUGAAUAAUGUGAUUUUGGAAUCGGUUGGCAUUAGCUUUGCUUUGCCUGUUAUUGCCUGCGAUUUGGAUUUAUCUUAUCAAGAGCAAGGCUUCUUGGGAGCAGUAUGUUUUUUGGGCAUCAUUUUUAGUUCUCACUUAUGGGGACUUCUGGCAGACACUAAGGGUCGCAAAAAGACAAUGAAGCCUACCUUACUUUUGGCAUUUUUGGUUACACUGAUUUCAAGUUUUUCCUACAAUUUUAUUAUGAUUGCAAUGUUGAGAUUUAUAAAUGGAAUAUUAAUAUCAGCUGGUUCUGCUACAAUUUUUGCCUAUUUGGGUGAAUUCCAUUCUCAAAAGAAACGCAACAAAGCUAUCAUGUAUGCAUCUUUUAUCAGUUCCUUCAGUGCUAUAUUUCUUCCAAUUCUUGCAUGGCUUUUCAUUAAUCAAGAUUGGCAAUUUUAUAUACAAUUUCUACAAAUUUCCUUUAAACCCUGGCGUUUAUAUAUAAUAGUAUGCGGCAUUUUAGAACUUGUUUGUUAUGUUAUAUUAAGCUUUUUGCCAGAAAGCCCUAAAUUCCUAUUGAGUUUGAAUAAAUCGGAAGAAGUUUUGGAUAUCUUAAAAAAUAUGCAUAGGAAAAAUACUAAACGAAAUAAAAAUUUCAAAGAUGAGCAAUAUACGAUCACAACCAUUUUGCCAGAUUUAGAUACACCUUUACGCAAAAAGAACUCGGAUGAUACAAAAUCAUUUACAUCAAUAUUACGCCUAAUAUGGGAUCAAACCGCUCCGCUGUUUAUGGGCCUACAUAUACGCAAAACUUGCUUGGCUGCUUUAAUACAAUUUAUCACAUAUUUCACUGCUCAUGGCAUAUAUAUGUGGUUUCCUUAUAUUAUCAAUACUACCAUGCUAUAUACACAGCAUUAUGAGGAACCUAUGUGUCUCUGUGACAUUUUAAAAUUUACACAAUCCUCGAAUUUCUCAAUUUCAAAUAGUUUAGGUGAUGUACAGUUGGAAAAUAUCUGCACAACAAAGUUAGAAAUCUCCACCUACAAACAUACAAUAACAUUGGAGGUUAUUUAUGUGUCCUUGAUGUUAUGUGUGCUGUUUGCGAGCAAAAAAUUCAAUCGCACUCUAAUUUUAUUCGUCAUUCUUGCUGUCUCUGGUAUUUUCGGAGUUUUGAGCAUAUUGAUUAAGAUACCUCUGGUGGCCAUUUAUAUGAUCGCUUUUAUGUUAUGUUCAGGUGUAGCAACAAGUGUUAUGAAUGCCAUUGUAGUAGAUAUUUAUCCAACAAAUUUAAGAGCAAUGGCUGUUUGUAUUUCAUUAAUGCUGGGACGUAUUGGUAGUGUUUCGGGUAGUUAUAUAAUGGGUGCCCUAAUAGAAAGGCAUUGUAAAUUAGCAUUUUACAUUUCAUCAUUAGCAUUAAUAUUGGCUGGCUGUUUGGGUUUUCUAAUGCCUAAAAUCAGGGUCAAUAAGAAGCACAUCAUUGACAACCAAAAUAUUUAAUUAUAUUUAAGAAUUAAUUAGAAUCCUAUAGUUUA